AUGCAACUUCAAGAGUCUGAUAAGACCGAGCCAACUAAUAAUAUAUGUGUGUGUGUAACAAGCCUUCAUGAUAAGACUCAACAUUAUGAUAUUGAACAUAACGAUGAUUUAAUAAGGACACCAAAUGACAUAUAUUCCUUGAUUAAAAGCAAAAAAAGCUCCGCUAUUCAAUUCUAUGGCGAAACAAAGACAAGUGUAUUCGAAUACUUUAUAAAUAUCCUUAUUGAUGAUAUGGCCUACCCAUUUUUUGAGAAUGAUUCCUCACAUUUUAUCAAUGACAAGGACCCGAUUGUCAGACGAAUGUUGAAAAAGGUAUUGCCAAAACUUCAAAAUUUUAUCAACAUCAUAAGUCGGUAUGACAAUCCAACAGCUCAAAGAAAGUUCUCUCUAAUCAUUGUUCCACGCUUAAAACAAUCUUGGUCAUUACUUUGGAUUCAGUUUACAAACCACAAGAAAUUUAUAAAUCUUCGUCAAAUUGAUACUCGUCCAAAAUACAUCAGUGAAAUUCCAUAUAACUUGAAGACAUUUACGAGGGCCUUGUUGAAAAGUGUUUUACGAAUACCAGAAAAUGAAGAAAUUAUACUGCAGUAUUCUCACGUGACCCCCUUUCUUGAAAGUGAACGGUUUUCCAAUGAUGAAUUAUUAAUUUCAAAUAUUUGGGCUAUAUUGAAAGGAUAUGAACAAUGUGGAUUCAACAUUGAUCCAAAAGCGGCACUUUUAAGAUCAACACCUAUCCCAUUUUCCUGUGAAAACUUAGAGGAUGUUAGGAAUAGAGUUUCGGCGGAAUCUAGCGAAAUGGACGAAAAACCUAACAAUGAAAUUGCAUUGAUUAAUACUGGAGCAUACCCUCUUUUAGAAGACGUAAAUAAUGAUGAAAAAAAUAAAAAAGGGUCGAAACAAUUUGUCAUAACGGAUUCUGAGGAUCGACAAUCAAAAACAGAAAGCAUAAAUGAACUGCCAACUGUACACGGAGUAAAGCAUCCAAGAGCUUCCGAAAACAAAGAAUAUAUCUCAUCAGAACGAAAAAAGAAGAGAACAAACAUGAAUGCUUUGACAGGAGCGCAUAACUCGCAAGGAAGGAAAUAUAGCGAACCUUAUGUGACGGAUAAAAAUUUAAAAUCGAUUAAAGAGCAUAUUCCGUACGAUAAAGAAAAGUUACAAGAAUUACUGCUCGAGUUCGAGGAAGUAUACAAUAACAUACAAAAACAGUUUUAUUCUAGGUGGUCUAACAGUUCACCUACUGAUGAACGGCUCAGUGCUCGAAGUUUUGUUUUUCCAAUGUAUGGCCCGACCCAGAUAGAGUAUGAAAUUCUUACUAAUUAUGGAGUGGUCGCUACGAAAAAUCUUUUACGCAAGCUUGCUGAACUAGACAUUUAUCCAAAUAAGCAACAGAUGAGAGCAAUAUCAAAUGCAAGACGGUGGAUCAAUCAACGGUUUAGAUGCGAUUUUGAUAGAGGUUGCGUUUACUAUCUGAGAAAUCCACAUGUUCUCAUUCCAAGCUAUAAAGAUAUUCCAUACAUCAUUCUGGCCACACACCUAUAUUAUAAUUGUUGCGAUGGCUUCGACACACACAACAGGCUCAAAGGCGGCUGGUACAUUAGCAGAAAGUGUGUGGAUUGGGUUAUUUCUCGAUGCUAUAAAUGUGAACAUAAGAGAAAUAAGGAACAAGGUAGCUGA